AUGAGCACACUUUCCAUGCUAAAUGCUAGCAACAUGUCACAGGCUGACUCCCUGGAGGACAGUGGCAAUUGGACACCAGCAACCCAGUUCACCCAGCCAGGAUGGCAAAUUGCUUUGUGGGCUAUCACCUAUUCCUUCAUUGUCAUCACAUCCAUCGUUGGCAACGUGACCAUCAUCUGGAUUAUUCUUGCACACAGGAGAAUGAGGACUGCUACCAACUACUUCAUUGUUAAUCUGGCCCUUUCAGAUCUGCUGAUGGCUGCUUUUAAUACCAUCUUCAAUUUUAUUUACGCCAGUCACAACGUCUGGUACUUUGGUGAGGAAUUCUGCAGGUUUCAGAACUGGUUCCCCAUCACUGCCAUGUUUGUGAGCAUUUACUCCAUGACAGCCGUGGCUGCAGAGAGGUACGUGGCAAUAAUUUAUCCCUUCAAGCCCAGGCUCUCUUCUGGAAGCACCAAAGUCAUCAUAGGGAUAAUCUGGCUGGUGGCAUUUGGGCUUGCCUUUCCCCAGUGCUUCUACGCUGAGAUCAUGAUGGACAAUGGAACGAUGAAAUGCAUCGUUGUUUGGCCUGAUGAUGUUGGAUCCAAGCACCAGCUCACGUAUCACAUUGCAGUAAUCGUGUUGAUUUAUUUACUGCCUUUACUGGUGAUGUUUAUUGCAUACAGCAUUAUAGGAAUCACGCUGUGGAGCAGUGCAAUCCCAGGCAACCACCUUAACAGAGUCUGCUACCAACACCAAAUUAAUGCCAAAAAAAAGUUUGUGAAGACCAUGGUAGUAGUUGUGAUCAUUUUUGCUGUCUGCUGGCUGCCCUAUCACAUAUACUUCAUCCUGGGGAGCUUCAAGGAAGACAUUUACCAGCAGAAGUACAUUCAGCAGGUUUAUCUCGCAAUCUUUCUCCUUGCCAUGAGUUCGACAAUGUACAACCCCAUCAUCUACUGCUGCCUGAACCAAAGGUUUCGUUCUGGCUUCAAAUUAGCCUUCCGGUGGUGCCCAUGCAUUAAAGCAACUGAGAGAGACAAACUUAAACUUGAGACCCCAACUUUUUACCAGACAAGCCACAGGAAGUCAAGAACAACAAGUUUCGACACAGAAACUCAACUCAAUGAGAACGAGAAGACAUCCUUUACCCUCACCCAGCUGACACUUUGA